GCCGCCUGAGGGAUGAAGUGGGGGCGCUCGGCUCUGCGCCUCACACUUAGCAACCGCGCGCCGGGAGAGCGUCCCGGGCCUGGGAACCGGCGUGCACACCCCUGACCCUGGAGUCUCUCCGCUGCCGGGAACUGUCCCUUUGGGUCGUCGCCCAGGCCGCCCGCCGUUCCCUGGCCCGAAGGGGCCCGGCCGGCCGCGGUGGGUGGAGAGGUCGGUCAGCAUGAGCCGGGGAGUCCGGCGGGUCAGCUCAGGGCAGGGGGCGGCGGUCGCCGCGCAGCUGCUGGUCACUCUGAGCUUCCUCCUCAGCGCCGUCGAGGCCCAGGUCACAGGAGUCUUAGAUGAUUGCUUGUGUGAUAUUGAUAGCAUCGAUAACUUCAACACCUUCAAAAUCUUCCCCAAAAUAAAAAAGUUGCAAGAGCGAGACUAUUUCCGUUACUACAAGGUUAAUUUGAAACGACCAUGUCCUUUCUGGGCAGAAGAUGGCCACUGCUCAAUAAAAGAUUGUCAUGUGGAGCCUUGUCCAGAGAGUAAAAUUCCUGUUGGAAUUAAAGCUGGAAGUUCUAGUAAAUACUUGAAAGUGGCAAACAGUACCAAAGAAAUAGAAGAUUGUGAGCAAGCUAAUAAACUAGGAGCGAUUAAUAGCACAUUAAGUAGUCAAAGUAAAGAAGCAUUCAUUGACUGGGCAAGAUAUGAUGAUUCACAGGAUCACUUUUGUGAACUUGAUGAUGAAAGAUCUCCAGCUGCUCAAUAUGUAGACCUGCUGCUAAAUCCAGAGCGUUAUACUGGCUACAAAGGUUCCUCUGCAUGGAGAGUGUGGAAUAGCAUCUAUGAAGAAAACUGUUUCAAGCCUCGAUCCGUUUAUCGUCCUCUAAAUCCUCUUGCACCUAGCAGAGGGGAAGAUGAUGGUGAAUCAUUCUACACAUGGCUAGAAGGUUUAUGUCUGGAGAAAAGAGUCUUCUAUAAACUCAUAUCAGGACUUCAUGCUAGUAUCAAUAUACAUCUGUGUGCAAAUUAUCUUUUGGAAGAAACUUGGGGUAAACCUAGUUGGGGACCUAAUAUCAAAGAAUUUAAACGGCGCUUCGACCCAGUGGAAACCAAGGGAGAAGGUCCAAGAAGACUAAAAAAUCUGUACUUUUUAUACUUAAUUGAGCUCAGAGCUUUAUCUAAGGUGGCCCCAUAUUUUGAGCGCUCAGUAGUCGAUUUAUACACUGGGAAUGUAGAAGAUGAUGCUGACACAAAAAACCUUCUACUAAAUAUCUUUCAAGAUACAAAGUCCUUUCCUAUGCACUUUGAUGAGAAAUCCAUGUUUGCAGGUGACAAAAAGGGGGCCAAAUCAUUAAAGGAAGAAUUCCGGUUGCAUUUCAAGAAUAUAUCCCGUAUAAUGGAUUGUGUUGGAUGUGACAAAUGCAGAUUAUGGGGGAAAUUACAGACUCAAGGUUUAGGUACUGCUCUGAAGAUACUAUUCUCUGAAAAAGAAAUCCAGAAGCUUCCAGAAAAUAGUCCAUCUAAGGGCUUCCAACUCACUCGACAAGAAAUAGUGGCCCUUUUAAAUGCUUUUGGAAGGCUUUCAACAAGUAUCAGAGAAUUACAGAACUUUAAAGUCUUAUUACAACACAGUAGCUUUACCUAGGUGCCAUUGUACAUAAGGAGAACAGUUUUCAUCUUCAUCAGCACUGCCUUCAGCUGGAAAUUUGGAAAGAGUCCAUAGUAAGCAUCCAGCAGUUUGCAAAUGUUGGAAGUACCCGCUGAAACCAUAGUUACUCACCAAAAUGCACAGACUGAGUAUAUGGUAUCAAGGAAAUUAUUUGGUAAAGAUAAAACAACACAGACUAUACUUUUAAGUAACAUCUAUAGGUAGAUCUUUGGUUUUGAACAGAAUUCCAAAUAAUUUGUUGUUGUACCCACCAGAUUCUAGGAACUGAAUUAAAUAUUUCUGAAAUCU